AUGGCUGACUCCGACUCACCUGAAACUGAGGAUCGCUCAAUGCUGGACGACGCAGAGGAGCGUAUGGAACGUCGCGCACGUCACCAGGCCGACGCCGAGAAGGCUCAGGGGAAUCAUCACAACAAAAUCUCCGGUCGCCAACGGGCAAUCGAGCGCCUGGCUGGUAAGAUCAAGCAAAUCUACUUCGAAGACAACGUCAAGGCCGAGUUCGAGAUCGCAUCGGCCGCGGAGACAGUCGACCAGGCCCAGACGACGGCGGAACGGGCACGAGAGACCGGCUCGACUCAGGAUGUGAUUGACAAUGCCGAGGCGACGACGAAUCUGGCACGACAGGAGCUCGAGGUGAAGCGAAGUGAUUGGGCGGCAGAGCGUGCUGUGAUCCUGCACAUGGUCGAGCUUUUGGAAGACGGGCAAUACCAUUGGCCUUUGGCCCCGGAGACAAAGCAGGCGCCUUAG